AUGGGCUCGCUUCGCGUCACUGCACUCGCUCGUCGCACUGAAGCUGAACUCAUCUGGACGCCUGUCCUCCUGGGCGCUAUCUAUCGCGAGACGGCCGCCCCGCAGGGCGCCGCCGGGUCGGCGUCCGACGUCUUCAACCCGACCAAGAAACGUCUCUUGUCGCGGGCCAUGCACCGGUCCUUGCGGCGCAGCCACGUCGAGCUGAACUGGCCGUCGGCGCACCCGCAGAGCCCGGUCCUGGCGCUCCGGCUGCUCUACUACGUCCCCGUGGAGGAGCGUCCGGCCCUCACGCACGCGCUCUUCAGGGCCUACUGGGUCGAGGACCUCAACAUCACCAACAAGUCGGUCCUGCUGGACGUAGCCAAGCGAAGCGGUAUCCGCAGCGCGUCGUCGCUCACCGAAGCCGCGUUCGACGAUAAGGACGCCCAGGAGGCCCUGCGCGCCUCGACCGCCGAGGUCAUUGCACGCGGGACCUGUGGCGUGCCCGCGUUCUGGGUCGACGGGGAGCGGUGGGUGGACGACCAGGGCAAGGCCCACCAAGGUCGCCUCUACUGGGGUCAGGACCGCAUGCACUUUGUCGAGGCGUCGCUCAUCGCCGUGAAACGCGGCUGCGACUACGCCCAGGUCCCCAACCUCGCAAGUCUGCAGCCCCGGUGUGCGCCGGGAUUCCCCGUCGGGCAGAAACGCGUCGAGUUCUGGCACGACUUUAGCAGUCCCUGGGCGUUUUUGGGCUGGACCCAACUGGACCGGCUGAAGAGACAAUUUGGCCCGGACGUCGAGAUUGUCAUGAAGCCCAUUUUGGUGGGCGCCCUGUUCAGAGAAGUCGGUGCACCCAACCUCCCCAUGGCAGCCAUGUCGCAGGCCAAAAGAGAUAUCAUGCACAAAGACAUGGGUGACUGGAUCCGCCACUGGAACAGCAUCAACCAGCAACGCGGAUCUCAUGAUAAGCCGGUGGAAAUGCACUGGCCAACUCAAUUCCCCAUUCGGACGCCCACGGCCUUGCGCUGCGCCAUUGUAGAUCCCAAUCUCACUCCGCUGCUGUUCCGAGCAUGCUGGGAACGCAACGUCAACGUUUCCGACGACAAGGCCCUGGCCGAGUACCUCGCCACCGCGGGAUGCAAUACCGACACGCUAUUCAAGAAGGCUUCUACGCCGCAAGUCAAGGAGCAAUUGCGGACCAACACCCAAGAUGCCAUCGAUGCGGGGAUCUGCGGUGUCCCGUCGUAUCGCGUCUUUGACAAGACGGACCAAGGGUGGGUGAAUUGCGCGCCCGAAAGCGGCGUCAUUUGGGGUCAAGAUGAGCUUGUCGUCGUAGAAGACCUGGUGGCCGGGUGGAAGGAGAGGGAGAGUUCAGCCGGUGGGUACGAUAGGCCAGCCUCGCGACUGUAG